AAUAGCACGUAAAUCGAAAGUACACAGAUUGGGAUUGCCAUUUUCGAAAAAAAGUAUAUUGAGGAAUCUCCAAGACUUGGGUAAAAUUUCUCUCUUACUGAAAUCUUAAUAUCAGGAAGAAGUUGAUUGUACUUGGAAUACUUAGCACUACACAUAAAUUCAAAAAUUUACACCAUUGUCUACAGAAAAUAGGACAGUAUGGCUGAUGGGCGGGAUCGUGAUGGUCGCCGGCCAGAAGCUAGGAGAGGUAUGCGAGCAGGUAGGCCGCUUGUCUUUGAUCGUGAUGACUGGGACGAUGAAGGUGAAGGUCAGAAUUUACCCCCGCGCAGAGAACCACGUGAAAACCGGGGAAGAUAUGAUCGAUACGACCGUGACGAUAGAAGACAUUAUGAUGACAGAGGACGUGGGGAUAGAGACCAUGAUGAUAGGGGCGGGCGAUGGCGAGAUGAUCGUGACGAUAGAGGAGGUGGUCGUGACGAUAGGCGUGGCUAUGGUAACAGAGAUGGUCGUGAUCAAAGAUUUGGUGGUCGUAACGAUAGGGGUAUGUUUGUUGGAAGAGGCGGCCAAGGAGAUAGGGAAAGGUUUGGUGAAAGAGGAGGUAAUAACAACAGGGGUGGGCGCGGAGGAGGGGGGCGUAGAGACAAGCCGUUGGUUGUCGGCUUCAAGUUCCUAGAAAAUCUUCAACAACGGGAACCGCCUGACAUUGUGUUGACUCUAUCAAAUCCAAAUACAGGAUUCAGAGAAGGACUAUUGCAGUGUGUUGAGAAACCGGAGAUGCUUAGAUUAAUGCUUCAUGUAUUAGCUAAAGCAUUUACGUGCAACUCAACGCCAGAACAGUUGCUCCGAGUCUAUGUUAUUAUUAAGGAAUGUCAAUUCUUUGAUACGUCUAUGGCCUACUUCUUAGAAAUGCAAAAUGAAGAUCGUAUUUAUGCGCAGAAGUCUUUCAGACAACCAAUAAAAGAUAUGAUCACGAUCAUGGAAGAACUGGCUCAGAAGUACCCAACGUCUGUAACCCAGUUUGUAGGAAUACAUGCGGUCUUGAAAAUGGUAAUUGACGAUCUGAGAGAAAAUUCGGAUGACGUCAUAGACGACGAACUUCUGAAAGGUUUUCGUGAAUUUACGGAGCACAGAGACAGGUUGAUAAAGCGUGGAACAAGACGCCGGGAAGAUACUGCUAGACACAGGCAAGAUGAUGUUGACGAACCUCCUGACGAUUUUAGAGAGAUACAGAUAUUUCCUCAGACAGCUGAUAUGCAGCCAAAUGAUGAUCGGUAUCUUAGAGUUAAUAAAAUUGAGGGCCACUACAACGAUCUUGAUCAUUACCUAGAUGUCCAGUUCCGCCUUCUGCGUGAAGAUUUCGUCGCACCUCUCAGAGAAGGUGUAAGCGAUUACAUUCAAGUGAUGCAAGAAAGGGGAAAGAAGAAACGUAAAAUACAGGAUGUUCGUAUUUACAACAAUGUAAGAUUAAUCGCUCCUGAUUGUGGCGAAAGUGGCCUCUGUCACGUACUACAGUUCGAUGUUAGUGGGUUUAGUCAUGUUCGUUGGAACUCGACAAAAAGACUUAUAUAUGGGUCGUUAGUUUGUUUGUCCCCAGACAAUUUUGCUUCGUUUUUCUUUGCAACUGUUGUGAACAGAGAACCAAAACAGUUGAUGAAAGGAUUGGUGAAUGUUCGCUUUGAACACGACUACCAAACAGUGAGACACUUAUUUGGACAAGUUUUCACAAUGGCCGAAACAACAGCCUACUUUGAAUCCUACCGACAUGUUCUGACAGGUUUACAACGCACAAGGCAAGGUGAUCUGCCUUUUGAAAGGUACAUUAUCCAGUGCGAAAGUAGAGUCCGUUCACCUGCAUAUCUCCAACGUGCACCGGAUACAAGUUAUGAUCUGCGCCCUCUAGUAGACGAAGACAUUAUCUUAAAAGAUGAUAGAAGACUAGGUGAGAAUAUUGGAGAAAUUGAAGCUGCCGAUGCUCAUUACCAAUUCACUGAUCGCUCAGAUCCAGCCAAAGAUAUCAAGGUACUGGAACGUUCUACUUGGCCACCGGCAGACCUACUUCAUUUGGAUGAUUCGCAAUAUAAAGCCAUUCAUACGGCACUCACAAAAGAGUUUGUCAUCACUCAAGGGCCACCCGGUACGGGCAAAACUUACAUUGGUCUAAAAAUUGUCAAAGCACUUUUGCACAACAAGGAAGUUUGGUCCAGACAUCCUGAAACUGGUGCAAAAGACCUCCGUCCAAUGUUGAUAGUUUGCUACACGAAUCACGCACUAGACCAGUUCCUUGAGGGAAUCGUACAGUUCUACAAAGGCGAUGUUCUUCGUAUUGGCGGUAGGAGCACCAGUGACGUACUGAAAGAGUACAACCUUUACAAUUUUAGGCAAAGAUUUCGACAUGCUCAGAAAAUACCAGUGGCUAUAUUCCAAGGAAGACGCGAAGCCAAGAAUGAAAUGGAUGCAGUCACUGCUGAGAUCAAUAAAGUUAGUGCUAAAAUACAGAUUGCAACAACUUGCAUACUUCGUGAAGACUUUUUGCAGCCUUUUAUGGGUCAAGAGCAUUUUUUACUUUUAACGCAACAAUUUGAUAUGCUGAUGCAAGUGUAUCCGGAGGCUAGACAGUUUGUUGGAAAAAACCAUUCGAUUAUAGUGGAAUGGCUUGAACUUGGCAACCUUUCACCCAUCGUGGAAAUGGAGGGAAACUUAGCCCCAGAAAUAGGGGCACAAGAAAUUCCAAACGACGAAGAGCAAGAUGAACUUAUUGACGUGGAAGAUGAACUUGACGCAAUUCAGGCAAAUAGACAGAUAGAUGCUGGUGACGAUGAAGAUGCAGAUAUGGAUGAUUUGUUUGAUGAAAUAAUAAAUGCAGAUCAUGAAUUGACCAGAAAAGAACUCAACGAAAUCAGAGUAAGACUAGCUGUUAGCGAACAACAAAAGGCAGUAGCAUUAAGUGUAGAAAGAAUGGGCGAUAAACCUAAACAUGUCCAAGAAGGGGAAUGGCAGACAACAAAACAGCAACGAAAAAAGUUGAAACAGAAAGUUCUGAGAAACCUUGCAUCAGGGGACAAAAUGACUGAAGAAGAGGCUCAGAGAAUUACUGACAUGUGGAGACUGGCGAUAAAAGACAAGUGGAGACUUUAUAGAAUGUGGGUACAGAAGUAUUGUGACUAUUUAAUGACACAAAUUGGAGCAAAACAGGAAGAGUUCGAAGCGGCGGCCGGUAGGUACAGAGAGGCUUUAAUGCAAGAGGAUAAAGAAAUUAUGAGACAUUCAACUAUAAUUGGAAUGACUACAACAGGAGCAGCAAGAUAUCAAGCAAUACUUCAGGAGAUAGGACCCAGAAUUAUUGUGGUUGAGGAAGCUGCCGAGGUCCUUGAAGCACAUAUUGUGACAACUCUUAGCAGAGGUUGCGAACAUUUGAUACUGAUUGGAGAUCACAAACAACUGAAACCUAACCCGACAGUGUACAAAUUGGCCACUGAUUAUAGUUUAGACGUGUCUCUUUUUGAAAGGAUGAUAAAAAACGGAAUAAAGUGUGACUGUCUAGAACUACAACACAGAAUGAGACCAGAAAUAGCAGAACUCAUGCACCACAUCUAUACCAGUUUAAAAGACCACGAUGAUGUGAAACAGUAUGCCAAUAUACAAGGAAUAUCUAAAAAUAUUUUUUUCGUCGAUCAUAAAAACGAAGAAACACAUGAUGAAGAUCUCAGAAGUCAUUCUAACAGGUACGAGGCAGAAUAUAUUGUGGCCCUUUGCAAGUAUCUUCUUUUGCAAGGGUACAAACCUACACAAAUCACUGUCCUGACACUGUACUCAGGACAGUUGUUCUGUCUCAGAGAAAUGAUGCCAAAAGAGGAUUUCGAUGGGGUAAGGGUGACAGUUGUUGACAACUAUCAGGGUGAAGAAAAUGACAUUAUCCUUUUAUCGCUCGUGAGAAGCAAUGAAGAAGGGAAUAUAGGAUUCUUGAAAAUAGAAAACAGGGUCUGUGUUGCACUGUCGAGAGCAAAGAAAGGAUUUUUUGCGAUUGGAAAUUUUGAACUAUUAAGGGACAGAUCGAAAUUAUGGAAUGAAGUUGUGAUUGAUAUGAAAACUAAAGGAAGGUUAGGAGAUGGCCUUGUUCUGUACUGUCAGAAUCACCCAGAUGAAGACGGUUUAGUUGCCAGGCAACCUGGGGACUUUUUAAAAGCACCAGAAGGAGGAUGUAACAAGAAAUGCAACUACCGCUUAGACUGUGGUCAUGUGUGUGAGAUGUAUUGUCACGUGAUUGAUCAGGAACACAAGGAAUACAUCUGUCGUAAAAGAUGUGGUAAAGUGAUCUGCCAGAAUGGACACAGAUGUAGAAAGAUUUGUGAUCAGAAAUGCGGCCCUUGCUUGGAGAAGAUUGCCAAGAAGAUACCAAGAUGUGGACACAUUCAGCAAGUUCCUUGUUCUAUGAAUGCAAGCGAGUUUGAGUGCAAAGAAGAAUGCAAAGAUACUCUACCAUGUGGCCACAAGUGCCAAUCAAAAUGCGGGAUGGCACAUACAGAGUAUUGCAACGUCACUGUUGAGAACACCUGGCCUUGCGGGCAUAAAGGAAACAUUAAAUGUUAUCAGAGAUACGAAGCCGCUUGUCCUAAACCAUGCGAUGCGAUACUUGGUUGUGAACAUCGUUGCCAGGGAACUUGCGGUAAAUGUUUCCAAGGACGUCUACAUAUGCCUUGUAAAAAUGAUUGUAUCCGAAUUCUGGUUUGUGGACAUGAAUGCAGCGAUACCUGUAAUCAGUGUCCACCAUGCAAAAGGAAAUGCGAGAACAGAUGUCAGCAUAGUAAAUGUAAUAAAAGAUGCGGAGAACUUUGUGUUCCUUGUAUGGAACUAUGUACUUGGAGAUGUGAACAUUACCGUUGUGAGAGACUUUGCAGUGAGCCUUGUGAUAGACCAAGAUGUGACCAACCAUGUCGAAAAGUUUUACCUUGCAAUCACCAGUGCAUUGGACUUUGUGGUGAGCCAUGCCCAACCGACUGCAGAAUAUGUGACAAGCAGAAGGUAACAGAACUUCUUUUUGGAGAAGAAGAUGAACCAUGGGCAAAGUUCGUUUUGCUUGAAGACUGUAAAUUAAGAUGCAUCAUAGAAUCAAAUGCAAUGGAUCGAUAUAUGGACAUGGGAGAAGACCGGGGAGAAAUCAAGCUCAAGGAUUGUCCGAAAUGCAAGACACCAAUUCGAAAAAGCAACCGAUACAGAAAGAUUAUCAACAAGACACUUCAAGAUAUCGAAGCCGUAAAAAGAAAUGUCCUUGUUAAUAAAGACAGAAUCACUAAAAUGGAAACAGAACUAAAAGAUGUUAUUGCUGAAGAAACGAGUGCAGGGAUUCGACUGUCAAUGAAAAGACGGCUAAAUGCGAUGCAUGAGCCAAAGGCCGAAAAUGAAUUAGCUGCUAUGUUGAAUCAAAUGAUGCUUCUUAAACAUCUAACUAAAGUCGAAGAGAACUGGAAAGAACUACAUGGAAUAGCGUUUGCCCAAGAUAAAGCCAAAGCAGUCAAGUUUCUCGACCAGUUCCGCGAGUGGAUUCUUGUCGAAAGGACAAUUAUGACUCCACAGGAAACAAAUGAUGCUGAGUUAGAGCUGGCAAGAUCAAAAGCUCACUUAAAGCUUUUAUUGCAUCAACAGAAGGCUCGGGAACUUGGAAAAACUAUUGAUCAUAAACUAAAAGUAAAAAUUACAGAAGCUGAAACACUUGUUACAGGAAGUAAAAAAUACGAAGAGCGAAUUAGAAUUACUGUAGAAAAAUGUUUGGCUGAGUUGAAAGAAGCCUUUCCGUUAAGUGCUCUUGGUAUCUCCGACGAUGAGCGCCUGAUGAUUGUCAAAGCAAUGGCCCUUCCACAAGGACAUUGGUUUAGAUGCCCAAAAGGACACGUGUAUGCAAUAGCUGACUGUGGAGGGGCGACUGUAGAAGGACAAUGUCCGGAGUGUGGAAGUACAAUUGGAGGUAGUGGGCACCGCCUUAGGGACGAUAACCGGUUCUUUGGAGAAAUGGAUGGCGCGCAGCAUCCUGCUUGGUCGGAACAAGCAAAUCUGGGAAAUUAUGGAUUUGAUGCCCAGUUUUAAAUAAUGAAACAGUGUUUUUUUUUUUAAACAUUUAUAGCAAUGAUUGUAUUGUUAUUGAUCAUUAAUAUUAACAUUAUUUUUUAUAUCUUAAUAUUUUAAGAUAUUCUGCUGAAAUAGUUAAGGAGUUUGACAUUUCAAGUUCCGGUUUACGUUAAUGGAAAGUUUUUAUAUAUACAUAAGUCAAAAUGUUGAUUUUUUUGUUUUUAUUGUUCAACUUCAACUUCAUUGGGGGUACUCGACAACAUCCACUACGUAGACAUCGACGUCGAGGAAAGGUGACAGUACAUCGGUGUAGAGCGAAGUGUUCCGACAUUUUUUAAAACUAUGCACACGUCCGCAGCUUCAGCUGUCCCUUCAAACUGAUGUUACGCACUACACCAUAAAAUAGUCUAAUGACCAACAUGUAUAUACACUAUAUAAUAAUGCUGUGAUCCUUUUAAACACUGGAUGGCACAAGCGGGACGAGUUGGAUGGAGGAUUUGAACGCAUCCAGACUCGUAGAAGUGACACAGGAUUCCGGAAUCAUGUUCCAUGUGAUGACAAUUCUUGGAAAGAAUGAAUUUUGAUAUAUAUUAAUCCUUGAUUGAUAAUGAAUGAAUUUCAAGCUGUGACUCCUUCUAGUAGAUCGAAAUAUAGCAGUGGUGGGAUGGUAGUUCACUGGUACAGCAAUUAAACAGUUAACAACUUUAUACAUAAGUAUGACAUCCGCACAAGCUCUGUGUUGUUGAAGGCUUGGCCAUUCUAAUUUCUUAACCAUUUCACUAACACUGGUCGGAUUUUAUGGUUUGUUCAUCACCCAUCUCGCAGCAUUUCUUUGAAUCUGUUCAAUUUGUUUUGAGUUUUUUGGGAAGGGUUCCAAAUAGGUGACGCAUAUUCUAACUUUGGCCGAAUUAAACUUUUAUAUGCAUUUUCUUUUACUUUUGGUGGACAGUACCUUAGAUUUCUUUUCAGAAAACCAAGAACACUUGAUGCCUUUUUCGUGAUGGUGUCAAUAUGAUCGUUAUAUUUCAGAUUGUUACUAAGUCAACUCCUAAAUAUGGGUAGUGGUUUACAGUUUCCAAAGUAUCACCUUUCAUUUUGUAUUCACAUUUCCUUUACGAACAGAAGAUGAGAAUUGCCUGUAUUUAAUUGCACAGGCAUCAUUCUGCUAAAUAAAACACGUUCGAAUACAG